AUGGUACAGGAUAUACCGACCGAGAAGACGGCCCCGGGAAUAACCUGGAAAAUCACAACCUAUCAAGAUAAAGACCAAUUGGUCGAGGCCCUCCACGGAGUGCACACGGUCCUUUCUUUCCUUGUGACGCAGGAGGACCCAGCGAGCAUCGCUCAGAAGAAUCUCAUCGACGCUGCAAUCCAAGCAGGUGUCCUUGAAUACACGCUAUUUCAGCCGGGCACGUUUGUGAACUACUUAACACAUCCUUACCAGUCCGCUAAACACCUUCAUUCGAUGGAGCUCUUCUUCGACUUUGAAAAUCGACGUGCUAUCUUCAUAGACGACGGCGACAAUGACCGGAUGUCCUUCAUUACAGUGGAAGACUUCACUAAGGUAAUUGUCCAGGCUGUUGAAUUUGACGGCGAGUGGCCUGUCAUCGGUGGCAUUCGAGGUACCGACAUCUCUAUUGGAAACUUGAUUGCGCUAGGCGAAAAAGUUCGCGCCACCCACGAUGGUGCCUACUCUGUUUCCGACGAGUGGAAUCGCUUGCUACCAAGCUUUCAGCCAGCCCCUAUUGAGGAAUUUCUGGCGAAGUCGUGGCACGGUAAGCCUUGA